GAGCGAGGACGAGGAGCAGCAGAUCUCAGGUGUGAGUCUGAGCCUCCUGCGGUCCUACUGAUGAUCCUUUGAGCCAGCAGGAAAGAAACCAAAGAAGAAGAGAGAUGGAGGGGUGGCGGGCCCUCCUGCUUGGCCUCAUCAUGGCAGCGUGUUUCCAUGGCGAUGGUGCUCAGACUACAGUCUGUACUCAGGAGGCGGUGGCCGACAUCGUCUUCAUGGUGGAUGGCUCCUGGAGCAUCGGUACCGAGAACUUUGAGGAGAUCCGGCGCUUCCUGUACACGCUGGUCAACAGCUUUGACGUGGGGCCCAACCACGUGCGCAUCGGCCUGCUGCAAUACAGCUCGACAGCUCGUACCGAAUUCCUGCUCAACACCUUCCAGGACAAGCAGGACAUCCUGAGCUACGUGGCACGACUGCCCUACAUGGGGGGUGGCACACAGACCGGAAAUGGCCUAAACUUCAUGCUCCAGAACCACUUCGUGGAAUCGGCGGGGAGCCGGGCCCACCUCCAGGUGCCGCAGAUUGCCGUGGUGAUCACUGAUGGGGAGUCGCAGGACGACGUAGCAGAGCACGCUGACAAGCUGAAGAAGAAGGGGAUCGUCCUCUAUGCCAUCGGCAUCAAAGACGCAGACGAGGAGGAGCUGAUGGAGAUUGCAAACCAGCCAUACAGCCAGCAUGUGUACAGUGUGUCCGACUUCCAGGCGCUGCAGGGCCUCUCCCAGAGCAUCGUGCACACACUGUGCACGACUGUGGAGGAGGCCAAGCGCCAGCUGCAGCAGCUCAGCCCAGAAUGUGCCAAAGCAAGUGUGGCAGACAUCGUCUUCCUAGUGGACGGGUCGUCCAGCAUCGGCAAUGCCAACUUUCAGGAGGUACGAGUGUUCCUACGUAACUUUGUCUUAGGUCUGGACGUCGGGCAGGACAAGGUGCGGGUUGGUUUGGCUCAGUACAGCGAUGAGCCACACCAGGAGUUCCUGCUGAAGGACCACUCAGACAAGAAGAACCUGCUGGAUGCCAUAGACAACUUCCCUUACCGUGGGGGAAACACGAACACAGGCAAGGCCAUGGACUUCCUCCUGACCCAGUACUUCACUCCGGAAGCUGGGAGUCGUGCCGAGCAGCGAGUGCCUCAGUUCGCUGUAGUCAUCACGGACGGCGACUCGGCGGAUGACGUGGUGGCGCCAGCACAGCGCCUCAGGCAGGAAGGUGUCAUUGUGUUUGCAAUUGGGGUGGGACGGGCCAACGUGAAGGAGCUGGAGUCCAUCGCCAACCGGCCGCCACAACGCUUCCUGCUCACCAUUGAUAGCUACCAGGCGCUGCAGCGACUGACCGACGGGCUGCUGCAGACUGUCUGCAUAUCCAUGGAGGAUCAGAGGCAAGCUUUGGCUGAGAAGUUUGCUGAUAUUGUCUUUCUGGUGGACAGUGGCAUCACGCAAACAGAGUUCCAGCAGAUCCGUAGCAUCCUGAUCCGUUUGGUCAACCAGCUGAAUGUGGGUGCCAUGGCUCACCAGUUUGGUCUGGCUCAGUACGGCUCAGACACAAAGGUGGAUUUUCGUCUCAACACUUACAAGACCAAAGACGAGCUGCGUGGGGGUCUGCGGGGCAUCCGCCUACGCCGAUUCGAAGCCAAUGAGCGACGAAACCUAGGCGCUGCACUGCAGUAUGCCGCCACAAAGUUGUUUACCACUGAGGCGGGUAGUCGGAUCGAGCAAGGCUACCGGCAGUUCCUGGUUGUCCUGAGUGGGAAAAACUCAGACGACUCAGUCCACAAACAAGCACGUUUGCUCAAAUCCGAGGGCGUGACUGUGGUUGGCAUGAGCAUUGGUGCUUCCAUGUCUGAAAUUCGCUUGAUCUCCACUGCGCCAUACAGCUACCCGUCCAUCACCACCGCAGUGCCAACACUGAAGAGCAUCUUCGAACAACAGGAAAUGUUGACGAAUCUGACCGGAGAUUGUAGAGCCGCCAAACUGGCCGACCUCGUCUUCAUCGUCGACGAGUCGGGAAGUAUCACCACCCCAAACUUCCAGCUUGUCCGUGCCUUCCUGCACUCCAUUGUCAGUGGACUGGAGGUCAGCCAGAGUCGAGUGCGUGUGGGCAUCGUGCAGUACAGCGACCGGGCUGUGGCACAAGUCUACCUCAACACCUUCGACAACAAGAACGAGCUGCUCAAGUUCAUCAAAAUCUUGCCAUACCGUGGGGGUGGGACCAACACAGGAGCCGCCCUCAAGUUCACCAAGGAAAACGUCUUCACUAGGGCCAGAGGGAGCCGCAAGGAGAAAGGUGUCCAGCAGGUAGCAGUGGUGAUCACAGACGGAGACUCUCAGGAUGAGGUGGGCCAGGCAGCAGCUGAGCUCCGCCGAGCUGGCGUCACGGUUUACUCUGUUGGAGUCAAGGAUGCCAACCGGACUCAGCUGGUGGAGAUGGCAUCCCAUCCACCCAAUAAAUACGUCUUUACUGUGGACUCAUUCAACAAACUGAAGCCUCUGGAGCAGAGUCUUCAGAAGAUCCUUUGUAACAACAUCAUCCGCCAGGCUAUCUCCGUCAACACCAGAAGAACAGGCAUCAAAGAAGGCUGUGUUCAAACGGAUGAAGCUGAUAUCUUCUUCCUAAUUGACCACUCCGGGAGCAUUCAGCCCACCGAUUUCAUAGACAUGAAGAAAUUUAUUAUGGAGUUUAUUAGCACAUUCAGAAUCAGCCCAGACCAUGUCCGUUUAGGAGUCGCAAAAUAUGCAGAUGACCCAGAGCUGGAGAUCGACCUGACUACGUACAAGGAUGCUAAGAGUCUGGAAAGGGCUGUGGAUAAAAUCAGGCAGAUUGGCGGUGGCACUGAAACUGGCAAAGCGCUCAAGUUCAUGAGUCCACUCUUUGACCUUGCAGCGAAAACGCGCGGCCACAAAGUCCCCGAGUACCUGGUGGUCAUCACAGAUGGAAAGUCCACAGAUGACGUCAAAGCCCCCGCUCAACAGCUGAGGUCACAGGGUGUCAUCGUCUAUGCCGUUGGUGUGAAGAACGCAGUCCAGUCGGAGCUGAGAGAGAUAUCAGGCGACGUGAAGAGGACCUUCUUCGUCAAUAACUUCGACGCCCUGAAGCCCAUCAAGGACGACAUCAUCACAGACAUCUGCGCCCAAGAUGCCUGUGAAGAUAUCCCCGGAGACUUGCUAUUCCUGAUCGACAGCUCUGGCAGCAUCGACCCUCAAGACUAUGACAAAAUGAAGGACUUUAUGAAGGCUGUGGUCGGUAAGUCUAAUAUCGGGCAGAGCAAGGUGCAUAUCGGCGUCAUGCAGUUCAGCUCCGUCCAGCAACUGGAGUUCCCGCUCAACCGCUACUACACCAAGGAUGAGUUGCUGCAGACUAUUGACGGCAUGCAACAGAUUGGUGGCGGCACUGACACAGGCAAAGCCCUCAUCGACAUCUCGCAGUAUUUUGAUCUGGGCCAAGGGGGACGUCCCAGCCUCAGGCAAAGGCUGGUAGUCAUCACUGAUGGCGAGGCCCAGGAUGAAGUCAAAGGCCCCGCCGCUGCGCUCAGGGCCAAAGGGGUGGUGAUCUACGCCAUCGGAGUGGUGGAUGCAAACACCACGCAGCUGCUAGAAAUCAGCGGUUCGCCGGACAAAAUGUACGCCGAGAGAGACUUUGAUGCCCUGAAGGACCUGGAGAGUCAGGUGGCACUGGAGCUCUGCGACCCCGAAAGAGAUUGUAAGAAGACAGAAAAGGCGGACAUCAUCUUUUUGGUGGAUGGUUCCACCAGCAUCACGCUGCCUAAGUUUGGUAGUAUGCAGAAGUUCAUGCUAUCCAUUGUCAACCAGACCACGGUUGGUGAAAACCUCACCCGCUUUGGCGUCAUUCUCUACUCGGAUAACCCCAAGUCCAGCUUCACCCUGAACCAGCUCAAGUCAAAGAAGGAGGUCUCCAAGGCCAUCACAGCACUGCAGCCUCCCUAUGGAAACACUUACACCGGGAAGGCUCUGGAUUACUCACUGCAAUUCUUUAAUGAAGAGAACGGUGGCCGGGCAGCAUUGCAGGUUCCGCAGAUCCUCAUGGUCAUCACGGAUGCUGAUGCCACAGACCGCAACGGCCUGGUGGCGCCCUCAGUUGCGCUACGGGAAAACGGCAUUUCAGUGUUCAGUAUUGGUGUGGAGGGAGCCAACACGACGCAGUUGGAGAUCAUGGCGGGCUAUGACAAGUCCAGAGUUUUCUACGUGGACAACUUUGAUGCCCUGGAGACUCUCUACAAGAAUAUCAGCCUGGUCCUUUGCAACUCCACCAAACCAGUGUGUGAGAAACAAAAGGCAGAGUUGGUUUUCCUCCUCGACCAAUCAGGCAGCAUCGCCUCGGCAGACUACGCCCUGAUGAAAAGUUUCACCACUGAUUUGGUCAACAGCUUCAAAGUCAGCGCGGACCUGGUGCACGUCGGCCUUGCUCAGUUCAGUAGUGAGUUCCAGCAUGAGUUUUACCUCAACCAGUACCUCACAGAAACUGCUGUGUCCGAGCACAUCCAGAAAAUGCAGCAGCUUGGCGGAGGAACCAACAUCGGUCGUGCUCUGAACGCCAUCCUUGGACAUUUUGAGGCUGCAAACGGUGCUCGUUGGGGGAUUUCCCAGAACCUGGUGCUAAUCACUGACGGAGAGUCACAGGAUGAUGUUCAGGAUGCCGCUGACAAACUCAGGGCUCUGGGAAUUGAGGUGUUUGCUAUCGGCAUUGGGAACGUCCAUGACCUGGAGCUGCUGCAGAUUACUGGCACACCAGAGCGGCUCUUCACUGUGCAGGACUUUGGUAGCUUGGAGAGGAUCAAGCAGAAGGUCGUGGACACCAUCUGCAAGUCCAAGCCCAUCGUGGAUCCGUCUUCCUGCACCAUCGACAUCGCCAUGGGCUUCGAUGUGUCACAGAGGGCUGGUGCAUCCGGGGGAAGCAGCAUUCACCCCAAGCUACAGACCUUCCUGCCAGAGAUCGUCCACUAUGUCUCCUCGGUGAAAGGCCUGUGCUGCGAGGGCCCCACUCCCAUCAGCACCGGUAUCGGCUACAGGGUGGUGGGCCCAGACGGACGUGUGCUCUAUGACGCAGGCUUUGAGGCCGGAAACGAAGACGUGGUGAAGAAGGUCAUGACCCAGCAGCUAGCUCAGCGCACCGUCUUCAACUCUGCCCUGUUGAAGUCCUUCAGCGAGAAGUUUGCAUCUCAGUCCACAGCUGCAGUGAAGGUGGUGCUGAUCUUCUCUGACGGACUUGAUGACGACGUGAUGAGACUGAAACAGGAGUCGGAUCUGCUGAGAGAGUCCGGGAUCAGCGCCCUCCUGGUGGUUCCUCUGGAAGGAGUGCGCGACUACACUCAGAUGCAGCUGGUGGAGUUCGGCCGAGGUUUCGGUUACAACGUUCCUCUGAGCAUCAGCAUGCCGAGCGUGGGCAGCUUCAUUCUCCAACAGAUCGACACAGUGGCCAGUCGAGAGUGCUGCAGCGUCAUGUGCAAAUGUUCGGGGCAUGAAGGCGUCCGCGGCUCUCGAGGCCCGUUGGGGACAAAGGGUGUAUCUGGACCGAAGGGACACCGAGGCUUCCCUGGAGAAGAGGGUGUCUAUGGUGAGCGAGGGCGCCCUGGACCAAGUGGACCUCAGGGUGUGCAGGGCUGCCCUGGACUCAGAGGACUUCCGGGCGGCCGUGGUCUCAGAGGAAACAGGGGCGACGAUGGCGAGCAAGGUCUGGACGGCGUGGACGGAGAGCAGGGGAGUGCCGGCGGAGACGGAGGCCGAGGAGAGAGAGGAUUCCCCGGAAAGCCGGGUAUCCCAGGUAUCAGUGGAGAGCCAGGACUGCAGGGACAGCGAGGACUGAGAGGAGAUCCGGGAGAACCAGGAGCUGAUAACAACUCGCCGGGAUCCAAAGGAGAACCUGGAAACCCCGGAUUACCGGGUUUACCUGGACAGGACGGCCGGCCCGGUGAGAGCGGUGUGAAUGGAAACACGGGUCCUGACGGAAGACGAGGGUCUAUAGGCCUAAAGGGUGCACCUGGACAACCUGGAGCAGCGGGACUACCGGGCAUGCCUGGAGCUUCUGGUCCUCAGGGUCCCAGAGGUGUCAGAGGUCCAGUUGGACCCAAAGGCAGCCCCGGUCUUCCAGGACCUCAGGGACGACCAGGAUCAGUCGGAGAUCCUGGAGCGGCCGGACGCCGUGGUGGGAAUGGACAAAAGGGACAACCAGGAGAGCCCGGUGAACGAGGAGUUUCAGGACCGGUGGGGGCCAGGGGGAUGCCGGGUCAGGAUGGUCGAGAUGGUUAUGGACCUGAGGGAUCGAAAGGUGCAAAGGGAGAUCCUGGUUUUCCUGGUUAUCCUGGUCUGCCGGGCGAGGACGGCCUGCAGGGACCUAAAGGAUACCUGGGACGGAAAGGGAACAGUGGCCGAGGGGGAAACUCUGGGCUGUCGGGAGAAUCAGGAGUGAUGGGAGAACCCGGAUAUCCAGGACACAAGGGUCCCAGAGGUCCUCCUGGAAGCAUGGGAAUGACAGAGUGUCAGCUGGUCUCCUACAUCAGAGACAACUGUGCCUGUUCCAAAGGUCAGUUCGGAUGCCCCGCCUACCCCACUGAGCUGGUGUUCGGUCUGGACAUGUCUGACGAUGUGACGCCGGCGGCGUUCGAGCGGCAGCGUUCUGCCCUGCUCGCCCUACUGGAUGACGUGGACAUCGCAGAGAGCAACUGUCCGACCGGUGCGCGCGUGGCCGUGGUGGGAUACAGCACCUACACCAAGUUUCUGAUCCGCUUCCAGGACUACCGCCGGCGCCAGCAGCUGUUAGAAGCUGUGCAAAACCUGGCGCUGGAGAGGACGUCCAACAAGCGGCGGCUGGGCGCCGCUAUGCGCUUCGUUGGUCACCACGUCUUCAAACGUGUGCGCGCUGGAGCGAUGAUGAGGAAGGUGGCCGUCUUCUUCUCUAGCGGCCAAUCACAGGAGGUCGAUGACAUCUUGACCGCUGUCAUGGAGUACCGAGGUCUCAACAUCGUUCCUGCCGUGGUUUCCCUGAGGAGCGCACCGGCUGUGGUCCGAGCCAUGGAGAUGGACGACUCGGGGAACUCCAUGUACACAGUGUUGGGGAGGCAGCAGGACCAGAUAUCUGACCUGAGGAAGAUCAAGAACUGUGCAAUUUGUUAUGACCCCUGCAGACGAUCAGAAGAGUGCUCCUUCAUCCAGGACCCCCUGAGGGCUCAGGAUGUCAACGUGGACCUGGUGUUGGUGCCGGACGGCUCCAGGGAGGUGCGGGCUGACGAGUACACCGGCGGGCAGCAGCUGCUGUCCUCGGUGGUGGAGCAGCUGGCUGUGAGCCCCGAGCCGGGCCGGGCCGGCACCUCUGCCAGGGUGGCAGUGGUCCAGCAGAUUAGCAGCCGGGAAGCUGAAGUGGAGUUCCAACUGCAGACCUACCAGAACCGCGAAGCCAUGCGGAGCCACCUGCUACGCAUGCAGCAGCGGGGCGGCUCCUCGGCGCUGGCGGUGACGGUGGAGCACGCCCUGAGGGAGGUGCUGCUGAAGGCUGCGCAACCACGCAGGAAGAAAGCCAUGUUGGUCACGGUGGGGGCCAAAGCUGCCACCACCCAGGACCGGAAGAGGCUGCGGUACAUGGCCCAGAAAGCCAAGUGUGAGGGUGUGGCGUUGUUUGUGGUGACGGUGGGCGAUGGAUACGACCGCACGGAGGUAGAGGAGCUGGCCGGCACACCUGUCCAGCAACACCUGAUCCAUGUCAGCACGCUGCAGGCCCUGGAGCAAGGAUACACUCAGCGCUUCUUCAGAACCUUCCUGUCCGCCCUGCACAAGGGAAUCCACUCGUAUCCCCCCCCUGGUGGUAAACGAAUAUGUGAGCAGCUGCGCGAGCAAGAUGAUGGACAGAUCUUCAUCUCUGGUCAGGACUCAGCAGACCUGGAUGUAUUCACCACAGCUGAGGAGGAAGAGGAGCGAUAUCUGGAACAGGCCAGAGGUCAGACACAGACCAGCCAGGUGGACAUCGUCCACACCGUGAACAACAGCGGCGGACAGAGGUUCAUCACAGGAGACUUUGACGAUCCCGAGCUGUUUAAUACAGAAAAUGACAGCUUUACUGAGAAAGAUGCCUGCUUCCUGCCGCAGGACCAGGGCGACUGUCAGACCUACACCAUGAUGUGGUUCUUCGACACCGAGCAGAACGAGUGCGCCCGCUUCUGGUACGGAGGCUGCGGUGGGAACCAGAACCGCUUCAAAACGCAGGAGGAGUGCGAGAACCUGUGUCUAAUGAGGAGUCGAUGAGGAGGCCAGAGACCAACAAGACCACACGCCUCAUUUUUAAAGACUGAAGACAGAAAAUCUUCCAAAUGUUACUGAACGUAGUUCAUUCAGAAUAUUUAAUGUAAUGUUCAAAGUUAUGGAAAACAACAAGAAGAUAUCGGGGGGGACAAAAAAAAACAACCCCCAUGGAGGUCUGAGGAAAUCUUACAGCCAACUGCGACCUUGCUGAGUUGGACCUAUGAUCCUGGACUGCUUCUGUCAACUGGGGGCAGGAUGGACGCUCACGGCACAGCCUGGUGGUACACGGCGGCAUUACGAGCUAUUCAAAGCUAAAGCAUUCCUGUACUGUUUAAACCGUGGCAGAACCAAACAGACGUUCAGUCCAGCUGAGUCUGACGUGUCGGUUUCCACGGGGAAGAAGCACACAGCCAACACUACCAUCAAUCAAUCAUUUUAAUGAAAACACGGGAGGGUUUUUUGAUGUUCACUGAGUAUUUUCAGAUGGAAUGAUGUUUGUGCUUGAAGUAGCCACAGAGCUAAAGUAUGUUUUCCCAUUGUCAGCUUUCUUAUACUUUUUUUUUUUCAAUCACAGUCAGAAAAAUUGUAAUGAUUUUUUUCUUAACAAAGGUUGAGUCGAACUGCAAGGUUCUUUAAAUUUUUUGGGAUAAAACCAAAAUAAUUAGACAGACAGGAAAAAAAAAAGAUCAAUGUCAUGAAUUUCUCUGAAAGACUUAAGUUGUUUGUAACUGACUUUUAACAUUUACUCUUAAAUAUUCUGC